AUGAGCUUCAAGUCCCCGCUCACACUCCAGGAACUGGCGGAGAACAGCCUCCUGAGGAACAAGACUGUGGCAAUCUCUAAUCUGGACAAUAUGCCCUCAGUUUUUUUCCCAUCACUGUUCAAAAAGGCCUGCAUAAAGAAAAAGUCUAGCAUUGUGAAGGCAAUGGUGCAGGCCUGGCCCUUCCCCUGCCUCCCACUAGGAGCCAUGAUCAAGAGAAAUGAUUCCUACAGGAGAAUCUUAGAGAUUAUCCUGUUUGGGCUUGAUAGCAUGCUUUGCCAGAAGGUUCCUCACAGGAGGUGCAGACUCCAAGUGCUGGAUCUACGGAUUAUGCCUUGGAACAUGUGGGAUCUGUGGUCUGUGUUCAAGGCUCCUGACUGCUGUGAGAACCAAGCAGCGCUGGGUCUUUCAGAAAUGGAGGUGAAGCCGCAGGUGAAGGUGGUUAUAGACCUGGUCCUGAAGGAACGCCCAUUAAAGUCCUUGGAGUACUUUAUCAUUGCGUGGGUGGCUUGGAGACAACGUCUAUGUCUGUGCUGUAACAAGCUAGAGGUCUGGUCCAUGGCCACUUGUUACCAUAAAGAUGUCUUGGAGACAUUGGACCUGAACUCUGUUCAGGAACUGCGUUUGUAUUACAUGAAUGAUCUUACCUGCCUGCUUAACUUCUCCCCUUACCUGGGUCGUAUGAGGUACCUGCGCAGUCUCCUGUUCUCCUGCUUCUGGCUGCUUGCCUAUAUCACGCCAGUGGAGAAGCAGCUGUUCAUCACCCACUUCGCCUCACAAUUUCUCAAACUGAAGCACCUCCAGUGCCUGCAUCUGCAUCAUGUCUUCUUCCCAGAGGAUCACCUGGAGGAGCUCUUCUGGUAA